AUGAGGGUUUCAGCGAAUCCGAAAAGAUAUAUGCUGAAUUAUGAUUAUGCUGAAAAUCAACAUUUGCUAUAUUGGCCAGAAUCGGUGAGACUUAAGGUAAGUUCAUUAAAAAAUUGAAUCUUCAGAGAAAGGAAUUCUUUAGGUCGCAAAAAAUGAGCACAAGAAGAUCAUGCAAUAUACGAUGCCUGGAGUGAAAGAUGAAUUUAUGAGAAGUCCGAUUGAUUUGAGAUUUCAAGAAACUUUCAAUAAGUUUUUUGGGCAAAACGAUUUUGAGAUGAAUCAAAAGGGACUGGUCUGGUUUAUCGUAAGUAAUUUUCAUCUGAAUUUUCAGAAGGAACUCUUGUAAAAUAUUUUUUUAUUUAGAAAAAGGGGAUGCUCGAAGCUACAUUGAAUGGCACCACCGAUAUGUUGACUUGGCUUGGACAGGGAAAAGAUAAAGCUGGAAGACCCUCAGAGCUAACACAAGUAACAAUGGAAUUAUGGACUCUUCGAUUCGAACUUCUGAUAAAUCUCCGAAUGCAUGCACAACUUCUCGCGGAACUCGCAGCUUUUGAAGAAAUGGAUGCUCCCGAUCUUUUUUAUCAAUAUUCAUCUACUGAGAAAACUGGGUCGUUGGUGCCUUUUAAUCUACGACUCAUUCACGCAGAAAGCCUCAGAUUUUCACCGUUCCCAUGGAAAUCCUUGAUUCGGAUAGAGCAGUUAUGGACAACUGUUGAAACGGUAAAUUUUUCAAAUGUUAUGCAAAAAUUCAUUUUGAAACUCAGAUAGUUGCACACUUCCGCUCCAAAAACGCUCCAGAAAAGCACAUAUCUGAUUGGGAAAAAAGACUGGAUACUGUGAAAUGUUUGUAUGUUCGUGUUUUAUAUGAACUUGGAGAAUAUAAACAAGCAAUGUCAUUCAUGGAAAAUAUCAGAAUUGGUAUGAAAAGUGUGGAAGAGCAAGUGAUAGUUAGUAGAGCAAUGAUGAGAAUGGCUAUGCAAGCUGGAGAUGAGAAAUCGAUGAAUAUUUAUGCUGAAAAAGCAAAUCAAUAUAAUUCAACUGCAAAUGAGAUGGUUUUGCACAAGUGAGUUUUUGCUUGAAAACUGCUAUUUUUGCUAAUUAUUCAAAAAAAUGUUUGCAGAGCUCUUCGAAGUAUUUUCCUCGGUGCAUAUUCUCACGCGCAAGAUUAUGCCAGUCGAUUGCAAUCGGCAAAUUAUUCAACACCACAAUCGAUAAAUACACGAGCUAUUGUUCAAUUAUAUACUGGAAAUGCAGUUAGCUCGGUUGAAACAAUUAGUCAAAUCAAACCAUUGUUGGCUGGACCAACAACAACAAAUUUGAAAACAUUGGCAGAAUUAUGUUAUUCUACGGCUGCUAAAGAUGAACUUUUGAUAAGAUGA